AUGCCCCCUCCAACACUCAAGCGGAGGCCAUCCGUGUCAACAACUCUGAACGAAACCACAAUCAACGGAUACCAUACCGAUAAGGAAGCGGGAUUGGGUCCAGAUUCGAGGGCCGUCUCGGCUUACUUUACUGACAGCGACUGCCCGACCCCUGUCCCACUUCCGAGCCCACUGGGCCACUACCAAGACCGGACAUCGCUUUCAAGCUCGCAGCAGCCCCAGGUCUCGAGCGGAGAGGGCAUCCAAAGGUUCAGCUGGUUCAAGGAGUGCUACCCAAUCAUUCUAUCAAUCUUGUUCCUACUCACCGUAGGUAUCCCUGUCUCGUAUGCCCUAGGCGAUGACCGCAUCCUCGAUGGGUGCAUGCUGUGGUUCACCUGGAUCAGCAGCACGAGACUGCAACGCAAUUUUGGACGCAGCGACAUCCUUUCCAAUGUACCAGGGCUCAAGACGACAAUCACGACACUCCUCAACCCAGUCCUUCUGAUGACCCUUGGCAUGAUAGCCUACACUCGCGCCAAAGCCGCCGCCACGGACACACCCAUCAAAAGAACGUUGGCCCAGUUCUCGCGCGGUAGGACUCUCUCCCUCAUCUGGACCUCAAAGGUGUCGGAACAUUAUUACACCCCGAACGAUUGGUUCGGUGCCGGCGACGCAGCGAUCUCGAUCCUUGAGGUCGGCAUCGUUGUCUGGGGAUUCAAGCUCUACGAGUGCCGGCAUCAAAUCUGGUCUCGCGCCGGCGCCGCCGUGGUAGUUCUUUCGGCUGUCUUUGCGGCACUCAACGUCUUUGUGUCCGUAUUGCUCGGCAGAGCGGUUGGUCUCGGGCCUCGUGAGGCGCUCUCCUUUGCAGCGCGCUGCACAACGCUGGCGCUGGCGCGACCUGCGAUAGAGGCAGUCUAUGGGAACGAUGUCGUCACCGCGGCACUGGUGGUGAGCAACGGCAUAUUGGGACAGCUAAUGUACCCGUUCAUGUUGCGGAAGCUGGGGUUUGACGCGACUAAAGAGUCGCACAUUGACGUUGAUGUAGACGAAGAAGAAGAAGAGAGGCCGAGAGACGACGCGCUUACCAUCGGAGUAGGGACGGCGAUUGGCAUCAACGGCGCGGCCAUGGGCGUCUCAUAUCUCUAUGAGAGGAAGAGCCGGGCUGCGCCUUAUGCCGCCCUGUCGAUGACCGUGUUCGGGAUCUUUACAGUCGUCUUCAGUGCGGUCGAACCAUUUACAGCUACCUUGACGAAGCUUGCUGGCAUGGGACCGAACAGGCUCCCGUAUGGUGAGGUAUCUUGA